AAAUCCUCCCCAACAUUAAUCUUCCUCUUCAGAGAGACAUCUCUCAGCUCCCAAAUUUCUAGGGUUUCUUCUCUGCACGCCUCCCAAUGCGGACGCAUACGUAAUCUAGCUAUCUACGUACACUGCAACGUACCUAGCUUAUAUAUUCAAUCAGGUAUGAGAUACCCUCAUUUAUUUUUUGGAUGAAGGGAGGUGCUAGAUUUUCUCCACAAUCUACUGUGAUUAUAUACUCGGGUGGCAUUUCCUCCUGUAAUCUUCUAUUUGCUUAAUUGGCUGGAAAAGUUUGGAGGAAGAUUGAGGUUUCUUAGUUUUCUAAGAAAUGGGUAAUCGGAUGAAGGAAGAGGAGAAAAUUGAAAGAAUAAUUCGAAGUCUUUUAAAGCUUCCUGAGAAUAAAAGAUGCAUCAACUGCAAUAGUUUGGGACCGCAAUAUGUUUGCACGACCUUCUUGACAUUUGUUUGUACAAAUUGUAGUGGAGUGCAUCGGGAGUUCACUCACCGAGUAAAAUCAGUGUCCAUGGCUAAAUUCACUGCAGAAGAAGUAAAUUCUCUCCAGGCAGGGGGAAAUGAGCGAGCAAGACAAAUUUAUUUCAAAGAAUUUGAUCCUCAGUACCAUUCUUUUCCUGAUGGCAGUAAUAUUGGUAGACUCAGGGAUUUUAUCAAACAUGUGUAUGUUGAAAGAAAAUACACUGGUGAGAAGGGUGUCCAGAAGCUCCCAAAGCUGCGAUUGCGUGAGGAGCCUGAUGAAAGCAGGAGGGUUGGUGCAUAUCACGGUGGAUCCAGAAGCUUCCAUGAUGAGGAGAAGAAAUUUGGUGCAUAUCAUGGUGGAUUUAGGAGCUUCAGUGAUGCCCCUUAUGUUGGACGUAGGAGUUUUCCUGAUGAGGACCGGAAGGUUGCUGCACCUUAUGGUGGAUCUAGGAGUUUUCGUGAAGAGGACUGGAGGGUUGCUGUACCUUCUGGUGGAUCUAGGAGUUUUCGUGAUGAGGACUGGAAGGUUGCUGCCCCUUAUGGUGGAUCUAGGAGUUUUCAUGAUCAUGAGAAAAGGUUCGAAAGGCAUUAUAGUCAAGGAUCUAGUCCUAGUGUAAGAGGUGCUGACCAAAAUGUAGUAAAAUAUUACUAUGAUGAACGAAGAAGUCCACGAUCUUACGAAGAAAAUUCAAGAAUCGGCGGUACUGGGUUCAGGAGAAAUCCUGUCCGUUUUGAGGUUGUUGAUAACAGGAUUCGGGAUGAUAGAAAAGCACGCAGUGGGCUCACACCUCCCAAGUCCCAAAACAGGUCACCUGAAAAUAAGAACAUGGAUAGCUUCUCUUCCCCUGCUGUUCGCUCUGUUCAAGAGAAACAAAGGGAGAAUAUGCUUCCUCCAAUGUUUCGUGAAACUACUAUAACAAAUUAUCAGAAGCAUGCUGAUGGUUCUGCUCAUAAUCAGAAAAUGUAUUCUACAAGUCCCCAUGAUGGGAAUGCAGUGGAACAUAAAAAAGAAAAGUUGGAAAGCUUGAUUGAUUUCAAUACUGAUCCUGAGCGAUCAGAUGAUGUAGUAAAGUCACAACAGCAGCAAACUCCUCCACCCGAUAAUGGUAACAACUGGGCCUCAUUUGACUCAUCUACAAAGGAGAAGGCACCUCCGGUCCCAAAGCCAGACACUUUGGAGGCUUUGCUACUUGAAUUAACUCCCGCAUCCGUACCUGAUACUGCAUCUGAGGCUCCAAGCAAUGAUGACGCUCCUUCAACCGCUUGUACAAACAACAUGCCUGCAGGUGGUGCUGCCCCUGGUGCGCCUGCAGAGCAGAUGCUAUUUGAUACCGUUAGUUCUUGUACAUCUGCAUCAACUAGUACCAGUGUGCCAGUACAGCCUUCUGAUGCAGAUCCUUUGCAAGCUGUACCUACUAGUGUUGGUGACGCCUCGGUAACAGUUACUGAUGCGCUGCAGUUACCAAGUAGGCAGCAAGAUCAGUCGUCUAUAAUCUUUGCUGCAGAUAGCGGCUCUCCUUCACAACAUGCCAUUAUUCCUGUUGAAGCUUCAAAUAAUUUGUCAAGGACAUCAUCACUCGCACCACACACACAAGGAUCUCUGAGUGUUUCUGCUGAAGAACCAUCUCAAUCUAUGUUGCGAACCCAAUCUCUUCCGGUGGAAACAAAAUCUAGUAAGAGAGAAGAGCUUCCAGUGGACCUCUUUGCUGCACAUUACUCAUCAAUACCUUCACAAGAUUCAGUUUGGCACUCUGGUCCACCUCAUGGAAUGGGAUUCAACAUGCAGUAUUAUCCUAACAUAGCGCCUGCUCCUGCAUUUCCGGGUUCAGGGAAAUCGGCAAACCCGUUUGAUAUUAAUGAUGACAAAACUUUAGGACAUUCCACACAUUUUCCAUCCAUGUCAUCGUUAGAAGACGCUCUACAUAGUGUGUCAGUACCUCCAAGCUUGAUGCAUACUUCCAGCCUUGGUUCUUUUUCUUCGCAUUUGAAGCCGCCUCAAUUACCAAAUCAUGAAUCUGUGAUGCCUUCACACUCACUGCCUUCCCAUUCAGCUUUCUCUCCUAGUCCAUACAUGGGACAGCAAUUACAUAACAAUGCACAAUUUUUGAGACUGCAAGGAAUCGGUGGAUUUAGCAGGGAUGAAGCUGCUGCAUUUGGCACCUUGAGCUUAAGUCAGCAAUCAUUUCAGCAACCAAGCAUCAGAUACCCAGCACCCAGCAACUCGGAAAGCUUUUCUUCGAUGGGAGGUAACCCAUUUGGAUAGAUGAAUGAUUCUAUUUCAAUUAGAGCCAACAAUUCUUUUGGCUUCUUACCAUUUCAUGAAAGAAGUCUGCAUCUUGUCCAAGAAUAAGUGUAAUUAGUAAUAUGGAUACCACAUUCUACA